AUUUGAUUUUGACAAUUAUACCAAAACAAAGCGAUUUCCUUUUUGGUGUUUUGGUUUUCAUUAUUCCCAUAUAAUACAUUUACUCUUUGAUUCCCAUAAUCCGAUAUUCGCUCUUAUUAUGCAAGAACAAAAUAACGAAGAAAAAAUCUUGUUACUGCAUCACAAGCAGCAACCGCUUUGCACCACUCGCCUUCCAUACAGGCAAGGGAGAAAAUUAACUGCUGUAAAGGUAUACUCAAUUAGCAAGGAGUCAAACCACCUCCUGAUAUUCGGAGUACCUUCACUGAACCUGCGCCAAGAGACCAAAGCCCUAUUCUCAAAGUUUGGCAAACUAUUACAGUUCAACAUAUCAAAGGAACAUGCCUCCGAGUCAUUCACGGAAACAUAUCAUGCGCAGUAUGAAAGAAUACAAUCCGCUAGGCAUGCUAAACGGUUGGUUGACACGAAAAACUUCUAUGGAGGGUCGUUACAUGUAUGUUACGCUCCUGAACUUGAACAUGUUAACGAAACUAGACAGAAAUUGAUGCAACGACAGCGUGAUGUUAUAUUUAGAUUAAAAAACUUGAAUAACGAACAGAAAAAACCUAUAGAAACCAAAGAUGUACCUGUUACUGAGACUUAUGAAUUGAGAAAUAUAAAUCAUGAACCAAUAAAUCCUAAUAUUAAUCAAACAGGUGGUAAAGAACUUAUAAAACUUAAUAUGGGCGACGUUAACCCUAUAUGCAUAGGUGAUCAAAUAAAACUUGUUUCUAAAAAACGUAAAAUGAAGGACAAUAAGAAAUUUCAACCUUGUUUUAUAAAUAGCAGUAAUAAAAAAAUUAAAAGUCACAAUAUCACUGAAAGUAAUGUUACAGUUAGUAAUUCAGAAAUUAAAUAUGAUGGUAAUGUUGUCAAAAGUAAUAUAACAUCUAGUAAUACACAAUGUAAUAUAACAGAAUGUAAUAUAGCUGAUGGUAAUAUAGAAGUUGUGGAUUGUACUGGUGUUGAAGAGGAAAUUAUAACAAAUAUAAAUGAGCAUCUGAACUAUAACAAUUUCGGCAAUGAAAUUAUUAGAAAAGUUCCACCAAAACCUGUUAAUAAAAUACAAUUUCAUUUGAAUAAAAAACCGUAGCAUAUU